UCAAGCACACUCAGCUUCUUCUAAUUUGUUGGACGGUUCAGUUGGUUGAGAAGCUGUUUAUUCUGGUUCUUCUCAUUGGUAAUGUGAAGAGUUACAGCCUGGGGAGGAUGGCCAAUAAAGUUCAUGCCCAUAAUAAGAGACAAAAUGGCGGACUGGAAUAUUUCGGCAAUAACGUGAAGCUGCAAUUAGAAACAUCUCAGAUCCACUAUCUCGAAAGAGAAUUACCUUACUCAUGUCAAGUAGAGGAUGACUGGUCAAAGAUAAAUAGUUACUUGGCUUCAGUGAAAAUACAGAACAAUGAGAAGCUAUCCAAAAAAUCAGGCACCAGAAGUAAUGCACCAAGCCUUGUGGCAAGGUUGAUGGGGAUGGACAUGAUGCCAUUAGACACUAAAUCUGUAGUUCCAUCAGAUGAAAGCAUAAGUGAAAACAUGGUAUUUGAUCCAUUCUACCAAGACAUUGAAGAUGAUGGAUGGGGACAGAAUUAUGGAAAACCAAGACCAAGGGAACAUCCUCAGGAAGAGGAAUUCCAGACAUUCAAGAAAGAAUUUGAAGAAUAUCAAGCAGCAAGAUUUAAGGAGUGUUUGAAGGAUUCUGGAACUGGAAGUAUUUCUAGCCAAAUGCAUGCUCAAGAGAGUCUCAACAAGGAAAUGGUGCCACAUUAUGAAAGCUCACAGAGAGAGGCAACAGAGAAAUCUGCAGAGCUAGAUAGUCACUUAUUUAAAACUAAGCUACCUAAUGAUGACAUGAUGAAUUUAAGGGAUAGAACACUGAGUAGAGACUUUGAGGAGUCUCUAAUACUGAACACUAGAAGCAGAUUAGAUAUAUGUUCUUCUCCCUCUCAGAUAGUUAUCUUGAAGCCUAGUGCUGAUAGUAUUUACAAUUGCUACCAUAAAGACAAUGGGACCAGUUCAUCAGGAACUUUACAAGGGAGAGGUAGUAUAGAAGAAUUUCUUGAGGAGGUAGGAGAGCGUUUGAAAUGUGAGAUGCAAGGGAAAUCUGUCAAAAAGGGUUCUGCGGGUCGAGGAAGUGGAAUUGAAACACCUUACUAUGAAAAACUAUCUGAUCCUAAAGAAAUAGCUCAUUAUAUAGCACAAGAGGUCAGAGAAAGUGUGACUAGAGAUGCAGAAGUGACUUUGAUCCGCUCAAAAUCCACACAAAAGCCUUUUUCUACUAGGUGGAGUCGGAUACCGGAAUUUUUCAACAGAGAUACCAGGAAUUUUUUCACAAAGAGGCUAAGAAAUGUUAUGAAAAAUGAAGCACUUUUUGACAUUCCUGAAAUGAGUUGUGGGAACUCAAGGUCAUAUAUACUAGACAAUCACUGUGAUAUUUUGAAAGAGAGACAAGAAAUUCAAACAGGGUCCUUCAGGCAUGAAAUAGAUAACAACUCAUUUCUCCACAAGGAGUUGUCUUCUCAGAAACUUGUAAGAUCCUUAUCUGCUCCAGCUGUAUCAAGAAGAGCAUUUGAGAAACUUGAAGCUGUUGAAACAAUGCCGGUCAAGGUUAAAAAAAAGAAGAAAGAUAAAUUUAAGUUUAAAGAAAAAGUUUCCAGUUUUAAACAUGCUUUUGAUCUGAGAAGAAAGCUGUUCGGAAGCAGGGUUCAUUCAAUGGUAGAAUCACACUGCAAUGAAUAUGAUCCCUUGGUGAGAGAUAUCAGAAGUGGACCAACUGUUCUCUUGAAAUAUGGCGAGAGGCAUGAGAACUCCACUGAGGUACCACCUAGUCCUGCAUCUAUGUGCAGCCUUGCUCAGGAAGAACUUUGGGCACAGACUGAAUAUUUAAGUCCAAUAUCAACUCCAGAUGUAUCUUCAAUAGACAAUGUUGCUAUGCCGAAGGAUUUUAGAGAUACCAUUUCUGGUUUGAAAGAGCUAAGGAGGCAAAUCAGUCAACUUGAGUCUGAUAGCCCUGAGGACCUAACGAAAAAGCAAGAGCAUCUUGAAUCUGAAUUCGUUCUGUUGGAAGAUCCAGAAGAAUCUUAUGUAAGAGAUCUGCUUGUUGCAUCCGGUCUGUAUUUCGGCUCGUGGGUAAAGUCUUUGUCAAAAGGGGACACAUUUGCAAAGCAAAUUGGCAACUCAGAUUUUGAAGAAGUGGAAGAAUCUCAUAAGAAACUGAUCAAGGAGAAUGUAAGAUCUAUGAAGGAUCAGAAUGAGAGUAAGUUAGAGCACAUGGUUUUACUUGAUUUGUUAAAUGAGGCACUUUCCAUUGUUCUUGGACCACCUUUGACAUUGUCUAGAUUCAAAAGGAUGCUAAGCAACUCCUCCAUGGACCCUCCACCAAAUGGAAAAGAACUACUGAAAUUAGUAUGGGACAUUAUCUCUGUUUCUCUACAUCCUUCAUCUAACACACCUUAUUCACAAGACCUGAGAUCCAUCUCCUGGUAUGAACUAAUAAAUGAUCAGAUCAAUGUAUUAGAAAGAGAGAUAGCAUAUCUAAUCGCUGAUGAUUUGAUUGAAGAAUUCACGAACAAUAUGCUCUUAGGUACACUGUAAAGUAUCAUCUUGCACAUUGUCAAAGAUAACGCAACGCAUCCUUCAGAUUUGUGCAAGGCAUAUACUGAUAUACAUGAUCUUAAUCCAAAUGAAAAUUAAUUGUCUAUUAAAAUAGUUGA